AUGGCACCGGGAGCUCUUGAAGACGCUUACUCCCCACAUGUGACCUUUCUCACUGCUGGAGUAGACACUCAACCUGACUUUGAAAGAUGUGCUCUUCAGGCCAUCGACCCCGCUGGAUUCCAUAUCCGCAACCCUCCCAAGCCGCACGAGCUGGACGGCGAAAUAACAGAUGACUCGCAGCUUUUCCAGACCAUCCAUAUGGGUGCUGCCGUGGUAGAUGAGGAUAAGUGGAGCCUUGUCGUGGAUGGCAUGGUGGAGCGUCCUUUCACCGUCUCCUACCGGCAAUUGAAGCGCAUGCCCAAGGCAAGCAUUACAUCGUUCCACGAGUGCUACGGAAGUCCCCUGGCACCUCCUACUCGGGCGCUAUGGAGAAUCGGGAAUGUCAAAUGGUCGGGUGUCCGGCUGGCCGAUUUGAUUAGUCUCGCACAACCGAGACCACAAGCAUUGUAUGUUUGGUCGCAAGGAUUGGAGUUUGGAUCGUUCGCGGCCUACUCUGCCGAUCGGUACGAGAAGGAUCUGCCCAUCAAGAAGGCCAUGAGUUCCGAGGUGUUGGUCGCAUAUGAGAUGAAUGGCGAGCCGUUGAACAAGUUUCGUGGUGGGCCAGUCAGGCUCGUUGUGCCGGGUUGGUUCGGUACGAACUCAACCAAAUGGCUCAGUCGACUUACUUUGCAGGAUCGUCGUGCCUCGGGACUUUUCACGACAACUCUUUACAAUGAGAUCGAUCCUUCUGACCCUGUGGGACAGAGGAUGAGAGCCGUUUGGAUGGUGGAACCCAAUUCCAUGAUUGUAAGGCCACGACCUGCGGAGGUCUUGAAGGGGCCGAAGAUAAAGCUCUGGGGCAGAGCUUGGGGCUGCGAGGAGAUCUGUCGUGUUGAUAUCAGCACUGACGGCGGUGUUACUUGGCUGGCUGGUGACAGUAUCCAUGUUGCUUCGAGGCAGCAGUUCGAGUGGCAGUUGUUCUGGGCAUGGCUGGCACUUCCUUCACCUGGAACGUAUACCUUGAUUGCGAGGGCGACUGAUAUGAUGGGGAUUUCUCAACCUCUGACAGGUAGGAGGAAUCAUGUCCAUGCAGUUGACAUCGAAGUUGUAUAG